UAGCCUAGUUCUGUAGCAUGACGCUAAAGCUCUUCUAGGUUUCUACUGGCUCAUCUCCAUUUCGACUCCCUAGUCGGCAAGAAAACAGCAAAGGCCGUCCGGACCGCUCUGGAGACGUUUAUUACAGGAUCAGGAGCUUAUGAUUCAGCGUAUAGAGCCGCAAUGCAGCGAAUCGAAGGGCAAGUCACGGAUCAAGAAGAACUGGCAAAGCAGGCUCUGGCAUGGAUCACAUGCGCAAGACGUCCUUUAUCUACAUUGGAGCUCCAAGAAGCACUGGGUGUAGAAAUCGGCGAGCUCGAACUUGACCCGGAAACUUCCCAGAUAUUGGAGACAUUGUCUCAGCAUGUGCUGGGCUAAUUACGGUCGACGAAGAAAGCGAUAUCAUCCGUCUAGUCCACUAUACCACACAAGAAUAUUUCGAACGAACGCAGCAACAUUGGUUUCCGGAUGCACAGAUCAUGUUAACGAAUGUCUACACUACGUAUCUCUCUUUCGAAGGCGUAGAGAAAAUUCUUGCAUCAAGGAAAGAGAGGCUCAAAUUUUUAGAUGCGAAUAAGCUGUAUGCAUACGCUGCAGGGAAUUGGGGAAAUCAUGCUCGCAUAGCUUCAUCGGGCUAUACGCAAGUCAAUCCGCAGGUAAUGGACUUUCUCGAACGACCAUUCAAAGUGGAAGCAUCUACUGUAGCGUUAUGGCAGUCUAGCGCAGAAAGGUAUACUGGGGGCGUCCCCGACAGUCUUCUAUAUUUACCUAACGAGUGACUUUAAAGCGUAGGAAAACAGCCACCACACGACACCACCUUGAGUAUCAAAUGUAUGCGCCGGAGUGUUGGACCCGGCUCAUAACACGACACCCAUCACAAUCUCCAUCUUCUCGCAGCUCCGCUUGCAAAUCCGUUCAUCUCUAUCCACUUCUGAACUAUGUACGUGCCCCUCAAAGUACCUUGUACGAGCGAAUGGCC